AUGUAUAUUUUUCUAUUAUUUUCCAUUUUACUAACUGUCUAUUGUCGGAAAGAAGAAUGGCUUCAUAAUAUAACUAGAAUUACUUCCGGUGUGGUAAAUCUUUUUCCAAAUCUUAGCGAUGAUGGGAAAUUUAUAUUGUUUCAAGGAAGUGGAUUUAAUGAAUAUGGUACAAGAUGUUCAGGUAUAUAUCGAAAAAAAUUAUCUUUAAUCGAUGGAAAAGAAAACACUGAGAUUCAUAGAAUUAGUAAUGGUUUGGGAAGUAGUUCAAAUGGAAAAUUUAUAUCAUCCAAUUAUGAUGUAAUAUAUUCAGGAACUUUUAGAACUCUUAAUGUUUCAAUGGAUAAUAAAGAUUUUGAUAUUUCAAAAACAUGUCCUGAAUCAAUUUGCAAUAGUAAAAAAAGAUAUUCUAAUAAAACAAUAGAUGAAAUAUGUAAAAGACCACUUCUAAAAAAUGUUUUCUCAGAUUAUGAUAUUUAUAAAAUUAAUAAAUAUGGCAUCAUUGUUUCUGUUCUAACAAAUGAUUCUUCUUACAAUAGUGAAGCAACUCAAAGUCCUGAUGGAAAAUGGAUAGCAUAUACCUCAGGGAAAUUGGGAACAUUAGAUAUAUGGUUAAUGAGUUCAAAUGGUUCUGAAAAAAGACAAUUAACAAAUAUUGAAGGAUAUGAAGGAUCACCUUCUUGGAGUUUUGAUAGUCAAUAUAUUCUUUAUACAGGAUAUAUACCACAGACAAAACAAGAAAUAAGUGAUUUCUACCAAUUGUUAUCUUUGAAUCUUCUUGAUAUUUCAAAAACAGAAAUAUUUCUCAUAUCAAUAGAUGGUUUAAAAUGGAAACAAUUAACUUAUCUCAAUGCUUCUACUUUUGGUGCUACAUGGAUUUCAUCUGAUGCUUUUAUAUUUAGUUCAAAUUUUGAGGAAGGAAAAAGUGGAAUUCAUGACUUUAAUCUAUAUAUUUAUAAUUUAACAACAGGAAAAAUAAAAAGAAUCACUUGGAAUGAUGAAGGUUUUGAUUCUUUUCCUUCAUAUAAUCCAAAACUUAACAUACUUAGUUGGGUUUCUAAUAGAUUAAAAAUAGUAAAACAACGUGAAGAAUAUAAUAUUUUUGUAGCAUAUCUUGGUAAACCAUCAAAUCGACCUUUCUUCUAUAAAGAAAAUGAAAAAAAUAUAAAUAAUGUCAAUGAAUAUAUUAAAGUUCAUGAUACACAUUAUCCUGGAGAAACUCAUUUAAAAAAUAUUAGGCAAUUGACGUAUGGUGGACAAAAUGCUGAAGGAUAUUUUAUUAGAAAUGAUUCUGCAUUUAUUUUCCAAGCAAUGGGACAAAAUUAUUAUAAUACAGGAUGUGACCAAAUAUAUCGUUAUAAUUUGGAACCAAAUUUACCAUCAGAAUCAUCAAUUCCACAAAAAAUAAGUGUUGGUCUUGGGACAACAACAUGUUCUUUUUUGUUUCCUUCAAAUAAAAAAUCUAUACAUGCUAGUACUAUUAGGACAGUUAAUUUGAAUGAUAACAUUUUGAAUGGUGCCUGUCCACCAAAAAAAUGUAAAAGUGAAGAAGCUAAAACUGAUCAAAUAUUAAAAAAUUUAUGUAAUACAUCAUAUGUUUGGGAUGUUUUUCCUGAAUAUGAUAUUUAUCUGGUAAAUGAAUAUGGAAAUUUUAUAAAACAAUUAACUUUUAAAAAUGGUUACGAUGCAGAAGGUACUAUUAAUCCUAAUGGAACAAAGAUUGUUUAUACGUCAAUGGCAAGUGGAGAUUUAGAAUUAUGGAUAAUGAAUUCAGAUGGAAGUAAAAAGAAACAACUUACAAAUGAAUUAGGUUAUGAUGGUGGAGCUUUCUUUAGUCCUGAUGGAAAUAAAAUUAUCUUUAGAGCUUCAAGACCAAAAAGUAAUGAAGAAAUAAAGAAGUAUAAAUUACUUCUUAGAUAUGGUUUAGUUGAACCGUUAAAUAUGGAAUUGUUUGUAAUAAAUGCAGAUGGUACUGGUUUACGCCAAAUUACUAAUCUUGGAGGCUCGAAUUGGGCACCAUACUACCUAACUGACAACAAAAGAAUUCUUUUUUCAUCUAAUUUUAAUUCAACAAAAGCACAUUUUGGAGAAUUUCAUAUUUACAUGAUUAAUGAAGAUGGUACCGGUCUUGAACAGGUAAGUUACAAUUAA